CUCCGUGCCCGAGGCCUCGCCGCGAGCCCGCGCGCUCCCGCAGGCCCACCCCCGGCCGCCCGGCCAGCCGGCUGGGGCCCUUUGCCCGCCUCUGGGUCAUGUCCGCAGGCGCCGAACGCGGGCGUUUCCGGGGGAAGGGGCUCAAGGGCGGCACAGGGUCCGUCCGCCGGGCGGCCACCGACCGAGCCCGCGGGCCGCGCCCCUCAGCGCACCGCGCCCGCCCCGCCGCUGCCGGCACCUCAACCCCCUGGAAACGCCGCCGGGUCCGCGAGGCGCCCAAUACAGGCGUCACGGGUUCAAAGGCCAGGACGGCCCGCUUCCGGCCCCGGCGUGGGCGCCCUCGGCGGCUGCUGCUGCUGGAGCAGCUGGUGGUCGUGGAGCUGUCGGGCAUCAUCGACUCCGACUUCCUCUCCAAGUGCGACGGCAGAUGCAAGAUCCUGGGAAUCGACACCGCGAGGCCCAUCCUGCAGGUGGACAGCUAUGUCUUUGCUGGGGAGUAUGAAGACACUCUUGGGACCUGUGUUAUAUUUGAAGAAAAUGUUGAACAUGUAGACACAGAAGGCAGUAAUAAGACAGCGCUGAAGUAUCGAUGCCACACAAUGAAGAAGCUCAGCAUGACCAGAACACUUCUGACAGAAAAGAAGGAAGGAGAAGAAAACAUAGGUGGUGUGGAAUGGCUGCAAAUCAAGGACAAUGAUUUCUCCUAUAGACCCAACAUGAUCUGUAGUUUUCUGCAUGAAAAUGAAGAUGAAGAAGUUGUAGCUUCAGCCCCAGAUAAACCUUUGGAGUUGGAAGAGCAGGAGACCCAAAUGAAAGAAAAUUCAGACCUGAGUGACGAACAGGAGAAACCUCCAGCCCUGGACAGAGAGGGCUGUGGUGCUCCUGAUGCCACUUCUGGGACAGAAGGUUCUGUUUUUAUGGAAUCUCAGGAUUCUGCCUUUGAAAUCACUCCUAGAUGAAAUAUUUCCCAUGAGAAGUAGUCGUGAACUUUUUACAGUUUUUACAUAAAAUAAUUGGCUAUGUGGCUUUCA